CGGUCUUGCUGAAUAUUGAGCCGUGUUUCGUAUGAACAAGAGAAGUAUGUGGGCCUCCUACUGAUAUUCCACCUAGUGGUUUGAGCAAUAUCUUCUUCUUCCAACACGUUAAACACCCAUCGUGCAUUAUAAAUAGCGUGCCCCUUGUUAUAAACUAUGAACCCUGGGCAAAUCUAGUUCUUGUGGCAAGAUAAAACCUUCAGCCCAAAAGAAUGUUUCCUGACCUCCACGUAACAACAGGGAUUAUUGGAAGUGUAGUCUGCUUUCUCCUCUAUGCAGCACCAAUAUUGACAUUCAGAAGAGUGAUAAAGAAGGGCAGCGUAGAAGAAUACUCAUGCAUACCAUAUAUCUUAACUUUGUUCAGCAGCCUCACAUAUACUUGGUACGGUCUUCCAGUAGUGAGCUCCGGAUGGGAGAAUUGGACUCUGUCCGGAAUCAGCUCACUAGGAGUGCUCUUUGAAAGCACAUUUAUCAGUAUAUACAUAUGGUUUGCACCACGAGAGAAAAAGAAGCUUGUCAUGAUGAUGGUAUCUCCAAUUCUAAUCAUCUUCGGCAUGGCUGUAUUUUUCUCAAUUUUCUCAUUCCACACCCACCAAAUGCGUAAAGUAUUUGUCGGUAGCAUUGGUUUGGUGGCUUCCAUAUUAAUGUAUGGCUCUCCGUUGGUAGCUGUGAAACAAGUUAUCAGGACGAAAAGUGUGGAGUUCAUGCCUUUCUACUUGUCAUUGUUUAGCUUCUUGACAAGUUUACUCUGGAUGCUGUAUGGGCUCCUUGGAAAGGAUCCUUUUCUCACGGCACCAAGCUUCAUUGGCUGCUUAAUGGGUAUUCUUCAGUUGGUCGUGUACUGCAUUUACAGCAAAUGCAAAGAAGCACCCAAGACGAAUCCUGAUAUUGAGCAAGCAGAUGAACUGAAAGUUGUAACUAGUCAAGACAACACGAAAGGACAAAAGCCAUAAUCUGAGACCUAAGCUACCAUUUUGAGUAACAAAUACAUUUUCUUUUCGCUGGACAAAGUGUCUCUUGUAACCGCAUAAUGCGAGGAGAAAAUAAUAGUCUUCAGAUUAUCAUA